AGGGCGUUCUGUGAUUUAGUUGAAGUAAAAUUCUAAUUUACACUUACUAUCACCAAACGUGGUCAAGCAACAUUUCCGUAAUUUUUUGGGUGGAUUAAUAUGGCGAUAUCGUUAAAAAUAGUCAGUUGCAUUUAAAGAAAAUAGUUUAAAACUGUUUUACGUUACAAAGACUACACUUCAAUGUAUUGGGUGUCUUACCAAUAUGGCGCAACAUUGAAUUGAAGAAAAACUGGUUUAUGCAUGUAAAUCAUGAUACAAACGUGGCCACCCCAUGCCUUUUAUAGGGUCAUCUUUGAGUGUUGUUAAGGUUAUGUUUGUGCGUGUUGCGUUAAAUAUUUAAAUGGAUAUUGUCAGCGAAAUAUUAAGUAAAGCUGCCGAUAAUGAGGCUGAAACGCUUAAAUCCAUACGUGUUGAUAAGCAUCUUGAUUUAGAGUAUGAUUUGGGAUCCUUACUUGCGCUUGAUCCCAAUGACUUAGAUCUUAAAGCCUUGAGGUCGGGUUCGGGCACCGACGAGUACCUGAGGGGCCUGGCGCGGGACAACACUCAGCUGCUCCUCAAUCAGAUAUGGGAGCUGCCGUCGGAGCGCGUCGACGAGGCGAUUGUGGUGAGGCUGCCGCCCCCCACCACCGUCCUGCCGCGGGAGAACCCCGUCCCCAAGCCCAGGCCCCCCACCAAGUGGCAGCGGUUCGCCAGGGAGAAGGGCAUCCAGAAGAAGAAGAGGGCAAAUUUGACCUGGGAUGAUGCGCUCAAGAAAUGGGUGCCGAACCACGGGUACCAGAGAGCGCUGGCGGAUAAGCAGAAGAACUGGGUGAUGGAGGUGCCCCCGAGCAGUGACCCCCUGCAGGACCAGUUUACGGUCAGAGCGGACAAGAAGAAGGAGAGAGUCGCCAAGAACGAGUUCCAGAGGCUUCGCAACUUGGCCGCCGCAAAGAACAUCAAGGUCCCGAGGGUCGGCGUACCGCCGGCGGAAAGUCUGAGCUCGACACAGCUCGGCAAACAACUCACCGUUGCCAGAGUGUCAACAGCAUCUCUCGGUAAGUUCCAAGACAAGCUGCCGAAAGAGAAAGUGGCGAAGAAUGUCGGGGCUCUGUUGCCCACGACGAAGAAACGGAAGCUGCCUCAUAGCAACCCGGUAGAAGAGAGGAAGGCUAACCUGGGCAUCUUGGAUGGCAUACUGAACAAGAAGCCCAAGUUAGAUAUCGAGAAGGCCGUCAACAGGGAGAUAUACAAGGAGCAGCAAGAGCGAGCAGAGGAGAAGAGGUCACAGAAGCCGAAGAAGGGUCGAGGGAAGCAGCGCGGUGGGGUGAAGAAAGGAAAGGGCGCGGGCAAAAGGCCCAAAACCAAGCCCCCUGGUGGCAAGGGCCAGAGACACAAGCCCGGCCAGAGAUCAGGGCGUAAGAGGCGUUAAAUGGCAUUCCUUCUGUGUACAGUUGUGUUAUAUGCUAUGUGAAAUUAAUAAAUAUUUGAGUUUUGUACAUUCUGCUGA